CCUUACGUAAAGCACGUGCAGAGUUGCACAACUCCGGUGCGUAACAUCUUGGCUGUGUCCCGCACGUUGACAUUGGGACGGUAACCUGACAGAGAAACGCUCCUCUGCUGACUUCUCUAACAGACAGUGCAGGAUGGGAGCCUCCAUGUCAACACCUGCUGCUCCGACAGUCAAGGCAGAGGCUAUGAUGGCUGCCCCCCCUCAAAGCUACCCCAUGCACCAAGAAGCCCAGCCUGUCAAAGUGUCGCCACCCUCAGAGUGUCCCAUGCAUCAAGCUCAGCCUGUCAAAGUGUCUCCGCCUUCUGAGUGUCCUAUGCAUCAAGCUCAGUCUGUCAAAGUGUCUCCUCCGCCAGAGUGUCCCAUGCACAAAGCAGAAGCUGGUCCAGCCCACCAAGACCGGGCCUAUGAGUUUGUGGAGUGUCCAAUGAAAGCUGCAGCAGGCAUGAAGAGUGACAUUGAUCCGGCAAAUAUGAUGCCUCCUCCUAACCAAACCCCAGCUCCAGACCAGCCUUUUGAACUGUCUGUAUCCAGAGAAGAGUCCAAUAUUCCCCGUCACGGCACAGAGAAGAACUGGGUUUACCCAUCUGAACAGAUGUUCUGGAACGCCAUGCUGCGGAAGGGAUGGCGUUGGCGUGAUGAUGACCUUGCUGCUCAAGACAUGACCAACAUCAUUAAAAUCCACAAUAACAACAAUGAGCAGGCCUGGCAGGAAAUCCUGAAAUGGGAAGCCUUACAUGCACAUGAAUGCCCAUGUGGGCCAACCUUGAAGAGGUUUGGUGGAAAGGCCAAAGAGUUCUCGCCCAGGGCCCGCUUCCGCCACUGGAUGGGCUAUGAACUGCCUUUUGACCGUCACGACUGGAUUAUUGAUCGCUGUGGGAAGGAGGUCCGCUACGUCAUCGACUAUUAUGAUGGUGAAAUCAACAAAGAGACCUACCAGUUCUCCAUCCUGGAUGUACGCCCUGCUUUUGACUCUUUAGAUGCUGUGUGGGACCGCAUGAAGGUGGCCUGGUGGCGCUGGACCUCCUAAGUGGCCCUGACACACAAACUGGUCACAAACAUACACGUAGAAAGACUACUACACUGUUCCUCAUUUCAAACAAGACCCACAAAACAAACAAAAAAAUAAACAAAAAUGACUGUUUUAGCAGAAACUCAUACAGUCAGGCUGAAUGGAACAGAUUUCUGAAGAAAAAUGAUUUCAGGCUUUGUAAUUCACAGCUUUCUAAACAGCAUGUGCAUCUUAAACUCAGUGAAAGUGUUUGUUUGACAGGUCACAGGUAACUGCUCAUUGAAAGGAGCGGCCAGAACACAUCUCGGUGUGCUCUUUAAGAACCAACAGUUGUAUUUAUAUCUUCUGUGCCUCUUGAGGAGUUUCAAGUCUGAGAAGUAACUCUGAUGAUAUCAUAGAUAUUAUCAAGGUUAUCAGAGUUGAUCCCUGGAGAAUUCUGAUCUUAUGCACUUCAGUAACAAACAAAUGCUCCAACCUUUUAAUUUUGUCCUCUUAACUUCUUGUCUACAAUGAAAGUGAAUUGUGUUGUACUGGACAGACUGAUAUCUGCUGCCUGUGAUCACAUUGCUGGUCUAACUGGUUGACUGGUGUUAACUGAUCAGGACCAAGGCUUGUGACUAACAGACAGUAGUAGAGACCAGAGGGUAAAGGGCAAAUCAAAAAAAGGGUGAAAAUGAGAAGAGGGAUGGGUACAUUUUGAUUACAAAUUGCAGGUGUAAUUGAGAUGUGGGCAAGUCUUCACACUUGGGUUUAACUCACUGUUUGGACCUCUAUAGUUUUGAUUGUGAACUUUUUAAUUUCAUUCAUGAGGUGGAAUAUUAAAUGAAUUGCACAGUCCAUUUUAAGUUGAAAGAGAUUGCUUGGAAGUAUUCUCAAAUCAAAACAAACUGUUGCUUCUGUCCAGCUUUGUUGAUCUUCUGGCGACCUUUACAACAAGACAGAAGUCCAGAAAAGUGCAAUGGCUACACAUUUUAAGAGCUUUGAUAACAUCAAGGUUUGAUCAUAUGACUGAUUAAAGCAACUACAUAGAUUAAAAUGGUUAUUAUAGUUCAUCUGGGAUGAAUCUACCUCAGAAACUCUGUUUUUCGUGGUUGUUUAAUUUUUUUUUUUUUUUAACUUUAGAAGCCACAGAUAUUUUUUUCUUUCAACUAAUCCCUUAAAUGUGGCUUACGUUUGUAUAAAUGGGUCACACAUUUAUGUUAUUGGUCCACGUAUGCUCCUAAUCACUAAAAUAGAAGGUUCUGGGUCUUUUAAGCAGUACCUCCAGUGGCACUUUGAGUUGAGUACAUAAAGUUUGCUUGUCCUCAUCACUACCCAGUGACCUGUCCUGCAGGCUAACUUACUUUCAGUGAAUGUGCUAUGGUAUAUCCACCCUGUCAUCUGUUGAUGAGUUGCAUCUUGGGGAAUGGGUCUGAUUACUUCCUCUGAGAACUGUGUGGUGGGUUAUGGGUGUAUUCUGUAGACAAACAGUAUAUUGUUAGAAUUUUCUAAUGGUCCAGCUUGUAUAUUAGCCUUGCUGCACCUUGCUAACCCUGACUUUGUCACUUGUACAUCUGGCAGAAGACAGGCACUUAUUUAGAGUUAAAUUAAAAGGCAUCUGGUUAGCUGUUGUAUGUUAUCAUUAUGUCUGGUAGUGUUCUUCACACACUGUAGUAGAUCAUUUCACAACUGGAAUUUUUGAAUUACUUAGUGUAACAUUUAAGAUGCAUCUUCUUCAAAGCUAUCUCUGCAGAUAAAUGAUUUUGGCAGGCUACUAUUCAUAUUUUUAUUUAUUGUUUGAUGAAUAAAUGUACAAUGUAUUUCUGUAGCCAGACAGAAUCUUAAUGCUUCUGAUUUCAGAAAGUUGUGUAUCUUUAACUUAUUUUAAUAGUUUUAAACCUCAUUAUAAAAGAUGGUCUUCUUCUGCCUCUGAA